GCGUCAGUACCGCUCCGAGCGCCGGAGCCCGCUGAAUGAGGGGGCCCACUCACUGCUUUCCCUCGCCUGGGAGGUUGUUGUGCAAUAACGCACGAGGAGGGGAGGAAAAGAAGAAGAAAAAAAACACACACAAAAAAAGAGUCCCUUCCAGCUGCCGAGAGCAUCACUGACAAGCUGGUCGGUUAACAGUGAGCCUUCCCGCAAACGUCCACCCGCAUGUCCAUGUGGGCAUUGAUCCGCGUGACAGACAGCCGCCGCUAAAGCAGCCCUCCAGUUCAGGGUUUGCCCCUCCUGGCCAGCACCAAUCUGAGAUGGGUAGAAGGAGGGGGCGGGAAGGUUAGUUUGAAGAGGGCAGAGCUUUGCGAGAGGACGCCGAUUUCCCUAUUAUUUCACCGCUGGAAAAAAGAAAUAAAUAAAUAAAAAGAAUUCCAAACCCAGUGGACACUAACAGUUGAGGGAGACAUCAGUCGGACCAAACGUCAGAACCUCAUUAACUCCAAGGAAACCCAGUCGGGAGAGAGAAGAAACAGCAGGAGCACAACCCGUACAGCUGCUGGAGUCUAUUGUUUAAUCUGACAUGGCUGCUGCACUUUGGAAGGCUAAAUCACUGGACCUGGGCUUGUGGAUCUUCCUCCUGCUCCUCAACCUCCUCCCUGCAGCCAGGGCAGUAGUUGGACACAGAGAGCCGCUACCUGAUGAUAGUAAAGACAAUAUCACCAUUUUCACUCGAAUCCUAGACAGGCUUUUGGAUGGAUAUGACAACAGGCUACGUCCUGGGCUGGGAGAGAGUGUGACAGAAGUGAGGACAAACAUCUAUGUGACGAGUUUUGGGCCAGUAUCAGAUACAGACAUGGAGUACACCAUCGAUGUCUUCUUCCGUCAGAGCUGGAGGGACGAGAGGCUGAAGUUUGACGGACCUAUGCAAGUUUUACCCCUCAACAACCUCCUGGCCAGUAAGAUCUGGACUCCUGAUACCUUUUUCCACAACGGAAAGAAAUCUGUGGCCCACAACAUGACGACUCCUAACAAACUGCUACGACUAGUCGACAAUGGUACACUUCUCUACACAAUGAGGUUGACCAUUCAUGCCGAGUGCCCCAUGCACCUUGAGGAUUUCCCGAUGGAUGCGCAUGCCUGUCCCCUGAAAUUUGGAAGUUAUGCCUACACCAAUAACGAGGUGAUCUAUCUGUGGACCCAGGGAGAUGAGAGGUCCGUUGCUGUUGCAGAGGAUGGCUCCAGGCUGAACCAGUAUGACCUACUGGGACACGUUAUUGGCAAAGAAACCAUCAGCUCCAGCACAGGAGAAUAUGUAGUGAUGACAACAUAUUUCCAUUUGAAAAGGAAAAUUGGCUAUUUUGUGAUUCAAACCUACCUCCCGUGCAUCAUGACUGUCAUACUGUCUCAAGUCUCCUUCUGGCUAAACCGAGAAUCAGUUCCUGCUCGCACUGUAUUCGGGGUCACCACUGUCCUAACCAUGACCACCUUGAGCAUCAGUGCUAGAAACUCCCUUCCUAAGGUGGCCUAUGCCACUGCCAUGGACUGGUUCAUGGCUGUGUGCUAUGCCUUUGUCUUCUCUGCCUUGAUUGAGUUUGCCACAGUCAACUACUUCACCAAGCGCAGCUGGGCAUGGGAUGGGAAAAAAGAGGGCAUGGAAAUAAGGGAACCGUUUCAGGCUAACAUGGCCAGGAUUAAAGAUAUGAGAAGAGAAUCUGCAACUCUGUCCAAAAAGGCAAACAACACCUUCAACAUUGUCGGAACCACCUACGCCAUCAACGUAGCUAAAGACCAAGGUUUAACGACCAUCUCCAAGAGUGCCGCCGGAGCAUCAACCAAACUACCCUAUCUCCACAAAAUGGAUGACCCCUACAUGGAGGCCAGGAAGUCCUACAACCGUGUCAGCAAAGUGGACAAGAUAUCGCGCAUCAUUUUCCCAGUUCUGUUCUUCAUCUUCAACUUAGGCUACUGGGCCACAUAUGUCAACAGAAAGCCCGCUAUCAUGAAGGCAAACAACCUAAACUGAAUUCGACCAAAUUCUAGGCUUGAUCUGGUUUGUUUCGGAGGGUAGACAGGUUUGCAAGAGGCCAAGUCCAUUACAUCUUAUUGUGUGUGUGUGUGUGUGUGUGUGUGUGUGUGUGUGUGUGUGCGUGUGUGUGCGUGUGUGUGCGUGUGUGUGCGUGUUUUGUGUGUCUGUUUUUUGAUAUUUUGCACGUCUGUAUAGAUGGAAGGCAAAUCUUAACAUACAGUAGAUUAGUGGACAUAUAAUAGUGGACCUUGGAGGGAGCAGAUUCUCACAUCAGGCUGUGUUUGUGUAGCAUUUCUUUUCUCCCCUCCACACUUAGCUUUGGCCCUGUUCCCUGUUGUGAGUAACCAAGUGUUCCUUUGCUGUAUCUUGAUUGCUUGCUGUUUUGUAGAGUAGUCAAAUUGUGUUUUCACUAUGUUUUGACAUGUUUGCGCUUUGCUUAUAAUAAGUUAGAGCAAGCAUGCCUUUGAAGUUUUCAUUGUAGCUCAUUACCAAUGAUAAGGUUUUGACACAUCCAUCGAGUUAACAUGCAUGCACGCACGCACACAGACGCACAGUGAUGCAUUCGCCGGUUGCUUUACUGUGCCCAGUUAGCCGAGGGCAGCCUGUAUAGUUCCAUAGGAACAUCAUUAAUAAUCGUCAGUGUCUGGCCUUCAGCUCGCGCUGAAUCUCAACAGACCCAAUGCAGUAUCAUCUGGAAUUGCUUUUCGCGUCCCAUGGGGCUGCCUGUACAUUUUCUAGUCCAGUGGCUCUUAUUGUUUUAACUGGCUGAGUAUGUUCAAUGACAGAGAAGCUAUGUGCCUUGGUGAAUACACACAUGAUAAAAAGGAAAAAGGCUUUGACACGCCCCCACACUUGCAUUUACAGCACACAUAUGCAGAACGGUCUGUGUGUAUAUUACAUGCAAACUGGUGUCCACAGGCUCCGUGCACCGCAGUAUGUGGCUGUGCCCCACCCACCCCACGGCCCAUGGGCAUGAGCACCCAGUGUAAAAUUGCUCAUUAGAGUGGAAGGUUAACAGACCUCUCUGCCCGUGAGAAAAAAAUGAAACAAGAGAUUAAAGGAUCCAGCGUAGUCCAGAACAGUUAUCAUGUGCAUUUAUGUUUUGGCUCAUGGUGCGGCAUCUCCAUGAGCCGAGCAGUCCAAACAAACUACCACCAUUACCUCAGACUGAAGUCGAAUUCUGAAACGCAGUUUAUUACAUGUUUUCCAUGGAAAUGCAAAUAACACUAGAUGUUUUAUACAUACUAGACACUCGUUAAGUAUAUUGUAUUUCUUUCUUUUCUCUGCAUCGGUCACUGUAGCUGUUUUUGGCUCCAUUAUGAUUUCUGCCUUCUCAUAAGCAAGAUUUUGAUUCAUGUUGUAUUUUUGCCCUUUUAUACUUGAUUGUGUAAAGUAUAUUGGUGUUAAUUUUGAUUGUCUACAUAUGCCGUACUGUUUUUGUGUUUUGAAGUAGACAACAAAGGCCAAUAUGUCACAGUCAUACAGUACUUAUAACAAAUGUCUGAGACGCUAUCAUCACUGGAGACCAUUAUACAGCAAAAUGCUGCCAAAAUCCAUAAGAAAAAAGACUGUCUGAUCUAUCCAACAAUAAAAUAAUAAACUUAAUUUAAUUGUUGUGAUCACACUGAAGAGCAAACUAACUAUUUUUCAGCAAGUGAUGCUUUCAAAGUUGCAAAUCAGAUUUGUCUCCAGCUGUGGUGACUGUCUCCAACUUUUGUUUUCCGUUUGUUAAGUGACAUCUGUAUUUUUGUUACGUGUUGAAUUUGGUACGUGUUUAUACAGAUGUUAUAUGAUUUUAAAGCAAUUUCUGUUGCUUUUUUGCCGGAUGCACUCUGGAUAUUUUGCGUUAACUGAAGUAUAGACCACUGUACUUUAGACGCCAACAUGCAGUGGAUCUCUUUAAACGUUAUUUUCAGUGGUAAGAAUAGGAGAAUGAGUGAACUGUGUUGUGGCCUCUUUAAAAAGGUGUUAAUAACACAAAACAUGUACAAUGUAUCGGUCAUAGGUUAAUGCAUGACAAUCUGUACACGUGUAUGUCUGCAACCUCCAAUAAUGGUGUUUGUCACACUGAAAUAGGGCUUAGUAUCAAUGUUUCUGUGGUUCAUCCCAGUUACUCAUCAAUUACCUACUCAUAACCUCAGCAACAUCUGCAUAAACACACUUAAACUCCAAUUAUUUGUGCAUAUUGAUGUGAUGCUAAUAAUUUACGGCUGGCACAGAGUUCUGAAAGUGUUUUUACCCUCAAUUGGUAGCACACAGAUUUUAGGUUUAAUUCAGUGUGUACACACACACACACACACACACACACACACACACACACACACACACACACACACCUGAGCUGGCUCUACAUCCAUCUCUGUUAGAAACAUUAAAAUACAAAAUGAGGAAAAGAGAAGCCCGUUUGCCUACAAGUUCGGAAGAUGCAUUGCCUCACAAACUGCAAUUCUUCAUUUAGUUCCCAUCUUCAACACACAUUCAAACCUUCAUACACAUUCAGAUCACAUUUCAAACUAAUAAUUGCAGGUCCAACUUAGAUAUAACAAAAUGAAGGAUAAUUAUACUGUCAUGUCAUUCUUUAAAAAUAGAUUUUAAAAGAGAAUGAACAAUAGAUCACAUUUUUUAUUCAUUUCAUUACAAUUCAGUGUUGUGGUAGUUUGCAUCUGUCUCACCUACUCCACUUUCGCUGUGAUUUUAUGACAUAAAUUAUCCAUUGUCGAGGACAGAAUGACUUAACCAUUACAUCCAUUCAAAACACACAGUCUUCAUCCCACAUGCAUAUGUGGACCAUAGAGACCUUAGAGGACACACUGUUCACUUCAGCCUGACUGAAUAUCUCCUGGUAAACUAUUGCCAUAUUCAAACAAUACACAUUAAAAACUUGAACAAUGACUAGACUGACAUGAUAAAUCAUGGCACUAUAAACUCUGGAUGAGAUUUGUGAGGAAUUCAUAAUUACCACACCAUAGGAAAAUAACAGACAUACUUGUGACAGUGUAGUUUUUGAAUCAAAUAUACUUCAUGAAUUGAUAUACUGUUACUGCGAGGCGCCGUCUCUUUUUCAGAUGUGAUUUUUAUCAUUCUGUCUCAAACAAACUGAUUCAUGAUACACAUCAGCUGAGGGUGUAUCCAGCCUGCUGGCUGCUGCUAAUUCAGGAUCUGAUGACACAGAGCGCUAAUAUUUAUGCAUGAUUCCUCUGAGUAAUGCGAUCAAGGUACUGUAGGUAAGCAGUUAUGAGAAGCAGCAGACGCCGAGUAUUUGAAUAGCCUUUGUGAAAUUACUUGCCUCAAAGACAGUCAUCCUCUGAGUGACACAACCUUCUCAGUCAGAAAUAUCACCAAUAUUCUCGUGUGCCUGACAUGAUCUGUAUCAUGUAUAAUGUGGUGACCAAAUACACAUUCACAUGGUGUUAGUUGAAAAUAAUCCAAUUUCAUCCCAUCCACAUUGAAACGUAUUCUUGUGGGUAACUCAUUACAUAUAAUCAAUACUUUUACAUGUUUAAACAAUUCUUGGCAAUGUGCCCCUUAAACGUUAUAAGACCAAAAUAUUUAUAGAAAGGCAAGUGGGUACAUCAUUCAGAAGAUUGUUUACCAGCAGAUUCGUUUAGUUUGUCCGUUUCAUUUGUGAUGUUACUCUUGAAUGUAAUCUAUACUUAAUCCUUCUGUGUAUUAAGUCUUUGACACUUAAGACUUUGUGUCAGACGACCACUUUGACCAUUUCCUGAUUGGUCAAAAUUGUUUAAAAUGAAUAUUUGCUGAGCACAACAUGCAGGAUUACCUUUUUUAUUCACAUAAUGUAUCUUGUGUCUGUGUGUUGCAAAAAAAGGGGGAAAAAACACUUCCAGACAACCACAAUCACAACAUCUGCACUCUGCAGCUGAAGUAGAAUCUACAGUCGAAUCUCAGUCAUCCAAACUGCUCAGACUGAUAGCCAUAGCAAACAAAACAUGCAAAAGUGCAAAAAUAAGAGAUGAUUGAUGGACUUUAAAAGAAAAAAGUGUUAGAAAACAAUAAUAGUUUGAAGAAUAUGCAUGUACAACUGGCAUAUUAGGUCCAGAGUUUGUGGUAAUUCAGGAUUUUUUUAACAUCUGUCAUCAUUCCUGAUGGGUUUUGAUAAACAGGACUCUACUGUAUUGUUGCCAUAUAGGUUGGGUUAGGAUUGUGUGAUUCAUGUGGUAAAUCUUUUCCUCACAGGGCCAGAGUUAACGUCAGCAGAAACAUGUCAUCCUAUAACAUAUAGUAUAUUAAGAGUAUAUUACUAUAGGAGUAUAUUUAUGCUAUUCAGUACAGCAUUAAAUAUUAUAUGUUUUAUACGACAUAACCUCUACAGCAUUGAUACAAGUGAUGAGUAGAGAUCCGUAGACAAAUAGAUAAACUGAAUAAAUUAUUAUAAACUAAAUGGCAACAAUUCUAAUUGCUCAGAAUAGUGUUACCAAGUUGUGAAUAUUAUAAUUUGUAGAUAUUGUGAAAUCAAUUCCAAUAGUUUUUGUGAAUAUUGAUAUGUCACGUCAUUUAUUUUUACAUCUGAUAAGUACCGCUGUCUUACAUUGAGCUCUGUAACACUACGUGUUAUGGUAUCUUAAAGACGUACAGUAGAGAUAAUAUUAAUCGAGCUACUUACAAGAUCAGUACCUUGUGUGCACUUUUCAAACCUAACUGUGAAUUAGCAGCUGUCUGCAAGCAGAGUUGUACACACUGUGUUCUCUCUCGAGCAAUUUCACUGCAUGUCCCUACGCAUUUGAGAGAUCAAAGACUUCCUCCACAAAGACAGCUCCGGGAACAUAGUGGACUUUGUGUUUUUGUUGGGAAGUUGCUCUCUACAGUAUAUGCUCAGUGACUGGACUCUGUAUGUUGCUCUCUCUCGUUUGUGUUCUUACUGUAUGAGAUGUAGCGAAUGGAAAUGCGGAUUAAAAAGGACGUUGUAUUUUGUCUUGGAGUUAAAAAGGCCCUUCUUGGUCACAUUCAAGCCUCAAAGGUGCACAUUUUCAACUCCGUGGACUCAUCUGAUGUUCCUUUAGAGGCUCAUUUUAAAAGUGUUUUUGUCUGAUUCUUUGUGUCAUUGUCGGGGCCGUGCAUGCAAGUCGUUUUGUUUGUGGUGUGAUUUGUUUUGGAUAAAAAUCAGGCGGUACAGGACAUCCUACAGGGAACAAAACAUUCAAAUCAAAGCACAGCCAAUUGAAAUGUCUUGUGAUAUUUCUGUGAAGUUACGCAUCAACGUAUGUAACCCACAACAUCUAGGACUAUUGUACAUUGCACACAAAAGAAGUGAAGUACCCAGGGCACAACCUAUACCUUAACAUGUACACAUUUUUACAAGCUCACCAUUUAUAUCCCUUAUGGUGUGCCUCGGUAUUACAGUCACUUAACAUUUGAUCCUUGUCCAUCAGUAAUUCAUUGUCCAAAUCGGUUUCUAAGGACAGCAUUAAAUGUUUAUCCCAAAGGUAUUUUAAGGGUCAGGGUUUUCCCUAGAAAACUGCUGGUAGAAACCUAUUAUAAAUCUUGAAUACUGUUGUUAGUCAGAAAGUAGUAUUUUGCCCAACAUGUAAACAUGUUUUAAGGCUGCACUCGUGAACUUUGGCCAGAAGGUGCUGCAGCAACUCACUCACCCAUUUGACUUCAUAAAUGAUUUAGCACCGCAAAUCCUCAAAGCCCUUCUCUAUGAGCAAACUGCCAAAAAUCCCCAACGAGCUUUGGUUUUUGUAGCAUUAAUAAUAUCCACACUAUCGCUAUCUAAUCCUGAGAUUUCCAAACUGCAAUGGAACAGAUAUAAAGAGCUCAAAAAAUGAAAUCUACUAAAGUCUGUACAGAGCAAUGAACAAAGCAGAGGGGUUUCAAUGUGAACAUUAGUGAGUAUUUUCAAUAAACAAGGCUGUGCUGCUGUCUACAGACUUUGAAGGUUAUUGUUGCCGUAUGGCUGUGGUCCAGUCCUGACUGCCCUGUAGGUGCCUUCAACUGCACGGGAACACUAUUAUGUCUAAAGCUAAAACGCCUCAUUUUUCUCAGCACGCCGGGAAAAAAUGAGCUCUCUAAAGCCCCCCACAUGGACGUAUAAGGUUGUUUGCUUGCUUAUGCUUGCUAUGAUAAAUGAAACAAUCCAUUAUACAUUUACAGGCUGUGGUUCAUGCCAGCUCUAGGACCAUACAGUGCUUUGUGUUUGUGACCACCACUGUUGUGCUUAUCUCCCUGAAGUCAAACAUAGAAAAAGCAGACACAUUUGAGAAAUUGAUCACAAUAAGACUAAUGACCUGUACACGUUCAUUUUUAGUCAGGUGAAAGGCCAUCUUCUGCUGGGAUAUAGCUCUACUUAAAUAACAUGCAGGAUAAAAUUAGAGUACUGACACAAACCUUCAAUACAAAUCACUGAAUUAUUGUUUGGUUGGUAGAAGAUGGCAACAUGGACAUAAUCAUAACAUAAAAGCCAAUGCCACAAAUAUACACACUACAGGAGUAAAGGAAAUAAUAAGAAGCAGUGUCUAAAACUAAUAAAAGUGUUAUCAUUAUAUAUGCUGUAUUAAGUGAACACAUAAGCAGCAACCUGUCAUCACAGGCUGCCAUCAUAAGUCAUAUAUAGUCAUGCAUGAGAAAAGUAUAAUGCAAUUGUUUAUGUGUAUAAUUUGUACAAAUUGUACAAACUAAAGACCUCAGUUAUUAUGAUAAGCCAAUAGAUGCUAACGCCACACAUGCAAAUAGGGCUAAUGUGGUUCUCUCCAUGACAUGAAGUCAGUAUUGUGUAGAAAGGAAUCCAUAGUGUGUACACUGACCCACUGAUGUGCAAACCAGGCUGAGAAGGAAGAAGGAAGCAGAUAUUUGCUCUCCACUGACUUACGAGGGUGGCGCUGGGCAGUCCAGUCAGACAUAAAAGAUGCUUCCCAUUUGUUUUUAACCUCUGUUAACCGUCGUUUUAAAAGUGUCCACCUUUCUAUUACUGAGGUUUAUUUGUGGGGCUACUGAUAAACUGUUUCCAUCUUUUUUUGUCCAGGAAUUACUGUUCUACAGUGAAUAAAGAUUAAGUGCUUUCA